GCCUCGUACUUAUCGGCCAAAACCACACUUUCUCUCUGAUUUCUUUGAUUUGACAUUCUUUUUUCAAAUUUUCCCCAUUCGCAAGUAUGUCAUCUUCCUCUGUUUUGAUUUUACCCUCGCCCUCACCCUCACCCCGUUUCUUCUUCCUCAUAUUUUCCAAUUAAAAAAAUCCGAAAAAUCUCUCUUUUUUUUUUAAAUUAUAUUUUAUCGGGCUGGGGAGAAAAAAUUGAUUUCUCUGUAUUGUCGAAAAUGAGGUGGGAAAAGGUUGAGGGGAAGGCGAUGGGCACAGAGGGUGGUGGAGGUGGAAGUGAGGUGUAUGGGCCAGGGAAAAGGUGGGGUCACACCUGCAACGCCGUCAAAGGUGGGAGACUUGUCUAUGUCUUCGGUGGAUACGGCAAAGAUAACUGUCAGACCAACCAAGUUCAUGUCUUUGACACUGUUAAGCAGACUUGGAGCCAACCCAUUGUGAAAGGCUCCCCACCUACUCCUAGAGACAGCCACACUUGCACAGCCAUUGGUGAUAAUCUGUUUGUGUUUGGGGGUACGGAUGGGAUGAACCCUCUCAAGGAUUUGCACAUAUUGGACACUUCAUUGCAUACAUGGGUUUCUCCCACCAUAAGAGGAGAAGGGCCACCAGCACGUGAGGGUCAUAGUGCAGCAGUUGUUGGAAAACGCCUAUUCAUCUUUGGUGGUUGUGGAAAAUCUGCAGAUAGUAAUAAUGAGGUCUACUACAAUGAUCUUUACAUACUAAAUACAGAGACGUUUGUCUGGAAGUGUGCUACUACAUCAGGCACUCCACCAUCUCCUCGUGAUAGCCACUCUUGUUCAUCUUGGAAAAAUAAAAUUAUUGUAAUAGGAGGUGAAGAUGGACAUGAUUAUUACUUGUCCGAUGUCCAUAUCCUUGAUACUGAUACUUUAAUCUGGAGAGAGCUGAGUACAUCAGGCCAAUUGUUGCCUCCUCGAGCUGGUCAUUCAACUGUUUCUUUUGGCAAGAACUUGUUCAUUUUUGGGGGAUUUACAGAUGCACAAAAUCUCUAUAAUGACCUUUAUAUGCUUGAUAUUGACACCGGCGCUUGGACAAAUAUUACAUCUUCAACAAAUGGUCCGUCUGCUAGAUUUUCAGUGGCUGGUGACUGUUUAGACCCUUUUAAGGGGGGUGUUCUUGUGUUCAUAGGUGGUUGUAAUAAAAGUCUUGAGGCCCUGGAUGAUAUGUAUUACCUAUAUACAGGGAUUGCUCGGGAAAGUGAACAGAGACCAGAGAAGUUAUCUUUAAGGAAGCAAUUGAAAUUGAAGUGCCAAGAACAAAAUCCCAAUCCUAGCCAAAAUCAAGUUCUAGCAAGAUAUGGUGUUGGUUCUGAUAUGGGCCAGAUCAUGUCAGUGUUGAACUAUAGCCAGCAAAGUAGGCUAAAUAUCCCAGUAAACCAAUCCCUACCUCCUGGAAAGAAAAUGUUUGAAGCCAAGGUCACUGAAAACAUCUCAGAAGGAUAUACUAUUGAAACUGUUAUUGAUGGAAAGCCUCUUCGUGGAAUACUGUUUUUAAACAAGCCAAAUUCUCUGUACUCUUCUGCCCAUACUCCCAGUAGCAGGAAAAGGACUCUUAGUGAGAUUGAUAGUGUUGUCUUGAAUGGUAUACACUCUAACCAAUUAAAGACUCCUAAAGUACUCAAGCAAAAUCAAAUGGAAAACCAAGAAGCAUUUUGUGGAGACAGUUCAGAAUCUCAUGAACACCGCACUGAAUCCAUUGCAGUGGUAAUGUCAAGUAACCCAGUGACUGCCGAUGCUUCUGAUACCCAUAAGGUUUCUGCCAACCAAGAACCAGAAGCUGCUGCUUUGAAUCAAAAUGAUGAAAAACAUGAAACACCCAUAUCCUUAAGUGAAAACUUGAAAAAAGAUGGUGCAAAUGAUGUGAUAUGUUCCAGAGAUGAGGUGCAAACAAAUGAUCAAACAAAUGUGCCAAUUUCCAACUUUGAACUUACAAGACAUGAUACAAAAUUUGAUGCUCCAAAUUACAACACUGAAUUUCAGAAACCUGCUGCAUCUGAGAGUGUUUUGUGCCUGUCAAAUCAAGGUGCAGUGGUGGAUUCCACAACUCCAACAACAGAAUGCAGCGAAGCAGCGACAUUAAUUUGAACACAUAAGAUAAUGGCUGGUGAUAAUUUUGUUUGCUAGGGAUUUGUACAUUCCUCUUCUCAAGGACUCUUUCUUUUAUCAUAUUUUUCUGAAGUUGAAUUGAGACAUUCGUGUCUCUGAGGUGUAAUAAGCACCGUUAUUUGUUGCUAAUCUGGCGCCCUGUCCUUGUUGACCAAGUUUACUGCACUGAAGCAGCAAGUGGCAUAGAUGAGGAUUUUCUGGGUAGAUUAAAAGUGGGAAAACAGAAAACAGAAUUCAGUGUGAAAUUGGAAAGAAAAGGAUGAAUUAUCUUGAUGCUCAGUUUUAGCAAAAUUCCAACCACACCAUUAUCCUUAAAAGAAUGUUCAUGAACAUUUAUCUACUUCAUUAAUAAUUCCUCUCUUCCUAUAACGUUUUAUAUUUUAUUUUACCUAAUUUUUUAUUUAUUUAUACUUUGAAGGUCUCAAGUAUAAUUGUGGUGUCCACAAGUAUUUGCUUUCUUUCCUUAAAGCUUGGGCCAUGAAUGGAAGGAUGCUUCUUAGUGUUUGAGUCAUAGCGUCUACCAUACAAAUUUCUAUUUGUAUAUGCUUGCAACAAUUGCAAAACAUACCUUUCCUGUGCCCACAUAUUUGAUCUGUUUUCAUUGUUCAAGCAGCAACAUGAUGAUCCAACAAGUAAAUAAAAAUCACGAGAAAUCCCAUAUUAGAAGUGACACCGUACAGAUCUCUCUGGCUUCUUCUACCAAUCCUAUUCACUAACUAAAAGCA